AUGGCGGCUCCGGCCUCACCGCCCGCGGAGGAGAUGGCGGCCCCGGCCGGCGCGGCGGCGGAGGAGGCGGCGGAGGAGGAGGCGGCGUCGGAGGCGUCGGGCGAGCGGCUGCCGGAGCUGCUGGAGGCGGGUUGGCGCCUGCUGGAGGAGGUGGAGAGCGGCGCGGAGGCCUCGUCCGGCGCGGCCUCGGUGCAGAGGAAGGUGCAGCGCGGCAUCGCCCUCCUGGAGCGCGCCGCCGCCGCCGUCGCCCAGCUCGACCUCUUCAGCCGUCAGGAGGAGCUGGAGGAGGUGGCGUCGGCGGACGUGCGCUUCCUGCUGGUGCCGGCGCUGCUGGGCGCGCUGGUGCUGCGGCAGGCGGGCGGCGGCGGCGGCGGGGAGCGGCGGCUGGAGCAGGUGCGGCGCGCGCGGGGCUGCUUCCUCGACUUCCUCCGCCUCUGCCGCGACUACGGCGCCGGACGCUUCGCCAUGCCGCCCGACGACCCCCACGACGACCCCCCCGACCCCGCCCCCCACGACCCCGCCCGCCAGCACGACGCCCUCCUCGCCAUGGCCCACGCCCGCCAGGCCAAGAUCCAGAGGUACAAGCAGAAGAAGGAGAGGGAGAAUAGGUUGGCUUCUCUGAAAACAUUCAUAGACAGUGGGCAAGCAGAGGAGGAGCAGAUACGGGAGUUCUACAUGCUACAAAUAACAAAAUGGAUCAACGUGAGCCUCGAGGAAAUCGAAAGCAUUGACCAAGAAAUAGCAAUCCUCAGUCGGCGAGAUGCUUUGAAACAGGGCACAGCUGCUCGACCUUCACAUGCUUCCAGGCCGCCAAUGAAACCUUUCAUCCUUACCCGGGAUGCUGCACAGGCGAAGGUGUUUGGAGCCGGCUACCCUAGUCUGGCCACCAUGUCAGUGGAUGACUGGUAUGAGCAGCACCGGAAGCGAGGAGCCUUGCCUGACCAGGGCAUCUCACAAAGAGCCACAGCAGGUACAGAAGAACAGCAAAAGGAUCAGGAAGAAGUGCCAGAGGAGGAGGAGGACUCUGUGUGGAAAGCACGAGAAUGGGAUGAUUGGAAGGAUGUGCACCCAAGAGGCUACGGCAAUCGGAAGAACAUGGGCUGAUCACCUGUUGGAUGGGUAACCUGCAGACAAGCCUGUUGCCCAAAGAGUCUCCAU